CUCUCGUUUUCGCAUCUUCCUACUUCUCUAGUCUGCUCAGUAACACAUCACACUUCAAUUCUCUUUCUCCAUCUCUGGAAAACCCGUUGUCUGUUUCUUCGGUUCUUUAGGGCAUCGAGUCGCCAUCGUCGUUGCGAGCAAUGGAUGACGACAUCAAUUUGAAUAUGCCGCCGCCGGAAGAGAUGGAUGAGGACUUUGAUCUGCCCGGCGAGGGCACCAUUUUCAAGGUCGGCGAGGAGAAGGAGAUCGGAAAACAGGGUUUGAAGAAGAAGCUUCUCAAGGAAGGUGAAGCCUGGGAUACCCCCGAGACUGGUGACGAGGUCGAAGUUCAUUACACGGGCACUCUCCUGGAUGGGACUAAGUUCGAUUCGAGCCGUGACAGGGGGACUCCCUUCAAGUUCACUCUUGGACAAGGGCAAGUUAUUAAGGGAUGGGAUGAAGGUAUUAAAACAAUGAAGAAAGGUGAGAAUUCUCUUUUCACCAUUCCUCCUGAGAUGGCUUAUGGCGAGGCUGGAUCACCACCUACUAUUCCUCCCAAUGCCACAUUGCAAUUCGAUGUGGAAUUGCUUUCAUGGACAAGUGUCAAGGACAUUUGCAAGGACGGUGGAAUAUUCAAAAAGAUUCUAACAGAGGGAGACAAAUGGGAUAACCCAAAAGAUCCUGAUGAAGUGUUUGUUAAAUUUGAGGCUCGACUUGAGGACGGCAAGGUUGUUGCUCAAUCAGAUGGAGUUGAGUUCACCGUAAAUGAGGGUUACUUCUGCCCUGCAUUGUCAAAGGCUGUUAAAACUAUGAAGAAGGGAGAGAAGGUGCUUCUUACAGUGAAGCCACAAUAUGGGUUUGGUGAGAAGGGAAAGCCUGCGGCUGGUGGUGAAGGUGCAAUUCCACCAAAUGCAACUCUUCAGAUUACUCUAGAAUUGGUAUCAUGGAAAACUGUUUCAGAGAUAACGGAUGACAAGAAGGUUAUAAAAAAGAUACUGCAUGAGGGUGAGGGCUACGAGCGUCCAAAUGAAGGAGCUGUUGUCAAAUUAAAAUUAAUUGGGAAACUACAAGAUGGCACUGUAUUUAUAAAGAAGGGACAUGAUGGAGAAGAACUCCUGGAGUUCAAAACAGAUGAAGAGCAAGUUAUUGAUGGGCUCGAUAAGGCUGUGUUGACAAUGAAAAAGGGAGAGGUAGCACUCUUGACUGUAGGACCAGAGUAUGCAUUUGGUUCAUCAGAGUCUCAGCAGGAGUUGGCGGUGGUACCUCCCAACUCUACUUUGUACUAUGAAAUUGAGCUGGAAUCCUUUGUGAAGGAUAAGGAAUCAUGGGAUAUGAACACGGAAGAGAAGAUUGGUGCUGCGGGUAAGAAGAAGGAGGAAGGUAAUGCCUUGUUCAAGGCUGGUAAAUAUGUCAGAGCCUCCAAGAGAUACGAGAAGGCUGUGAAAUAUAUUGAGUAUGAUACUUCCUUCAGUGACGAGGAGAAAAAACAGGCAAAGACGUUGAAAGUUGCAUGCAAUCUAAAUAAUGCAGCUUGCAAGCUGAAGCUGAAAGAUUACAAAGAGGCAGAAAAAUUGUGCACUAAGGUACUAGAAGCAGAGAGUAAAAAUGUAAAAGCGCUCUAUAGAAGGGCUCAAGCGUAUAUCCAAUUGGCGGACUUGGAUCUGGCUGAGCUCGACAUCAAGAAAGCUCUGGAAAUUGACCCUAGCAACAGGGAUGUGAAACUGGAAUACAAAACUUUGAAGGAGAAAAUGAAGGAAUUCAACAAGAAAGAAGCCAAGUUUUAUGGCAACAUGUUUGCAAAGAUGAGCAAAUUAGAGUCUCGGGAAUCCAAUAAAGCCGCAGCAAGUGAGGGUGAACCUAUGACUGUAGACAACAACGCAUAGGUGGGGUGUGGUAUGAUAUAGGCAUACAAUUUGGAAUGUAUGGUGAUAAAAGAGUAAAAUGCCUAGCUUUUUACUGGUUUACUACUCUGUUUCAUUUCAAUUUAUAGGACUAAUUGGCCUUUUGGUACAGAGGAAGCUAUUAUUGAUUUCCUCUGCUCGGGAGUUAGACUCGUUGAGCAUUACUGCUGAAUUGUGUUACCAAUACGAGGGUAUUUUGGUCUUUACACUAUUAUCUCCUCUGUGGUGUUUUCUUGUCUGUGGCUUACCCGAACUUCCAUUUUAAUUUUCUCAAAAUAAUUUUUAUUAGGCGAGAUUUGAAUUUUAUAUAUAUAACGGUUCUGUGUUCAUGAUUCAUUAACAA